GGGACGCGAGAAACAGUUAUUGAGGGGAGCGGGCCUAGUGAAGAUGGGUGCUUCUGGGCGUGGCCGCGGUCCAGGCCCUCUCACACUCUUGUUUGGUGUCGCGUCCCUCCUGCAGCACCCCGUUGGUGCAAGCGUUGGUAAUGGCCUGCAUUACCUGAGCUUGCAGAACGAUGGCCAGGAAACCUCAACGUCCUGGGCCACGUGGGGCUGCCCUCCGCCAACAUUUGCUACUGAUGUCUCCUUGGAUAGAAACUGCAGCCAGGAAAUCCUUUUUAGUGAAGAAAAGUCUCGCAACUUCACCGCCUGCUAUUUUCUCAAGAUGACUGCCAUUAAACAUCACAAUUUCGCCUUCAUCUUCGUUUCUUCCAGCAUAAAAUUUAUAGUAGAACAUGCAGGGAACACCACCACAAUCAACGGUGUAGAAGAUUUUGUACGUAUCAGUUUUCCAACCAGCUUCCUACGCUGGACUUCAUACUGUGUGGUAAUGCUAGAGGGAAAAACUGUCACUGUCUAUGAAGAUGCUUCUUUGCUGGAUACUCUGGAGCUGAAACACGAUACAAUAUUACCUUCAGAUGACUAUUUUAUACUAGGUCAGAGCCUAAACCGGGAAUCAAAAAUGUCUCUAGCUGGAGACUUGGCUGAUUUUCAGAUGUGGACAGAAGCACUCACGGCUGACAAGGUGAAGAUGGUAGCUGCAUGCGAACCGCUCAUUGUAGCACCUCAAGUUUUCUUGAACAGGGACCAGUGGAUAGUUAAUGGUACAGCUACAUGGAUCACCAAUAAAGGUUUAAAUAAUGUCUGCCAAUUAAAACCCUAUAGCGGGCAGAACUGGGUAAUUUUGAAGGAAGAUUUAAGGGAAAAUGGUUUGGAAUUGUGCCGUACCCUGGGCGGUCGUUUACCAACACCACGGGACAAAGUUAGUAAUACUUUACUAGAGGUGUUUGUCCUUUCUCAUCACACAGCUACAGAAGGCAUUCACCUUGGCAUUAACAGGUCGAAGACAGGAUGGAUUGACGCUUACAAUGGGCAACCAAUCACUUAUUGGCCAAACAGAUCACUGAUUCAAAGCGAAGAAGCUGACGUAUGUCUGAACCCAAUUCAAGGGACUUGGGUUGAACGUUCAAAUCCAGUUUGUUUAGUUGUGUGUGAAACACCUGUACGGAAGGUCUUCCUCAAGGGUCUGUGUGCUGCUUCAAUGUUUACGAAGGAACUAUGGAUGCACCAUAGUGUUUCCGGCAGGCUGGUGAUGCGCGAAGCUGGAACAUUUAUCCUUCAGCCAAAUGAGCAAGGAGAUGGAUGGAGCCUCACCAGCUCGGCGCACAAAAAAACAUGGGCUGAAGUACAACCGAAGAAAUCUGAAUUGCCAUUUGGACCGCAGAAUUGGAGAGUUUGGGAUGAAGAAUGUGGUUACAGAGGAGAAGAUAUCCCGCUGAUGCUCACAACAUGUUCCAAGAAUAUGUUCACGUGUGGUGACAUUAGCUGUAUCCCUAUAAAUAAGAGAUGUAACAAGAUAGCUGACUGUAGCGAUGACAGUGAUGAACACUGCAGAGAGAAAGUAGAAAUACCCAUAGACUAUGAUAAACUUGUACCUCCAAGGCAUGACCCAUCCUCACCUCUUACAAUAAAUUGUCGUUUAGACAUUAUAAAUUACAAAAGUUUCAGCAUAAAAGAAAUGGCAUGGGUAAUUGACUUCUACUUUAUAAUGGAAUGGAGGGAUUCGCGACUCAAAUAUCUUCACCUUAACAACUACCGAAUAUCACCUCCCAUCGAAGAAGUUGAAAAAUUCUGGACACCGCCCUAUGACAUAACAAGCAGCCUUGGCUUAGCAACUACGACACAUGUGAUGUAUAGAAGUCUAACAACUAGCAGUGACGGUGGCCCUUUUGAACCUGAUGACCUCACCACAUUUCAUGGAGGUUUGAUUCCCGGGAAGUUCGUCACGUUACAGCUUACCCUAAGGCUCUCUGUGACGGCGAACUGUGACCCAGACUUGUACAAGUUUCCAUUCGACACGCAAACUUGUGCACUAUACUUUUCGCUGAAGACUGGCCCACGGUCUCGUUUAAAGGCCGGGAACUUGACCAAGCAGGCUGUAUUCCGGGAACGGCUACUCGAGUAUUACAUUCGAAAUACGACAUUUGGGCUCACGGAUGCAGUAGGGACGAGAAAUAUCAGUAGAUUCGUGCUCGUUACGGAGUUUGGCCACUUAUAUGGUUAUUUUGUCAUUAGUAUAUUUAUGCCAACGCUACUGCUUGUUAUUGUAUCCUACUUUUCAUUUUAUUUUGAUCCUGAUGACUUUACAGACCGCAUCAUGGUAUCCCUUACAUCACUCUUGGUGCUGGCGACCUUCAUUUCCACGGCGUCCUCCAGCAUGGCACGUGUCUCGUACUUCACUCUUCUCGACAUUUGGCUCUCCUUCUGUAUUGUAUUGGUCUUUUCCAUCUGUCUGUCCCACGUAGUACUGUUGGCGCUCGGAAGAAACAGAGGUGGCACUGAUAAUGAAAAACUAAAAGACCAAUGGGCCAGAGUGACUCCUGGGAACAUCAUGGUGGGAAUCAAAAAACAUCCGGACAGGACGUUCUUUAAUUCUCGCCGUCGGCAUAUUGCUGACGUUGCCCUAAAGAUUUGUGUACCUGUCAUUAUUAUUGUCUUCACGGUCACAUUCUUUUGCACUGGCCUUCACGAUGAACACUAGUGAAUGCAACCGACGCAAAAUAAAGAAGUUCUCAUAUAUUGUGUGAUGCAUGAAAUAUUAUAUGUCCAAUACACAACUGUGGGUAACUCAGAAGUCAUUUCCAGGAUAUGAAAACGUAAUUUUCAUGUCCAACAAUUAAAAACAUUUCGCAUUUAAACUCUGUCUAUCUGUGGUCAAGUGUGUGUGUGUGUGUGUGUGUGUGUGUGUGUGUGUGAUCACGACCUGGACUCGCAAUCGCCAGCAAGCACCCUCCCGACAAGAGCAAGCUCAUUAUUGUCGAUCAGUGGGCAUUACCGGGACCUUGCGUGACUUGUGUGGGCGGAGAGGGGGGGGGGGCGACGCAUGUGCGUGCGUGCUGUUGUUAAAGAUUUACCCCUAGUAUCACUAGGGGAACGGGCCCUUGUCCGAAGACGGCCCGUUAAGGGGGUAAAAAUGCUCCCUCCCUGCGCGGGGGAGCACGGAUUUAGCCUAAUAGCGGCCCGUAGCAGGGUGCCGACAUACCGACUCUAUUGGCGAUAGAAAUCUAGCCGACCAAGUCGGUCUGUCGACGAGGAUUGGCGUGUCUCUGAAGUGCGUGCGUUGUAUAUG